UUUAUCUCCCACCUCACUCUCGCCCCCUCUGGGACGAAGGUCCAAUGGCGCAAGUGCUCUCCUUUGGAUUGAGGAUUCGGUGUUCGGACGCCCGCAGAACUUCUUCUAAGCCUUUGAAGGUUGCGAAGACGAGGCCCAACACGGCAAUUCCAACUCGGUCAACAGGUACUCGUCGGAAUGCCAACAGAACAUACGAUAUCAAUUUGGAGAUUUCCCCUCAUAGAGCUGUCUCUGCAGUGAGAUUGAUGAGAAUAGAGCUGGGCGGCGCUUUUGCUGACCUUUUGAACGAGAGAGGAAAGGGUUCUGGUGAUAAUGAGAUGGGUUAUGUUGAAAGAACUCUUGGUUUUCGAACCCGAGAUUUGGAUGAUCGGGACCUUAGAUUGGUUACGGAUAUUGUUGGAGGUUCUAUUCGUUGGCGAAGGUACCUUGACCAUCUGAUUGUUUCGCUAUGCCAUGAUUCAAAAACAUUUAGAAGCAUGGAACCUCUUCUCUUACAGAUUCUCCGAAUUGGUUUCUACGAGAUUGUCAAUCUAGAUAUGCCACCAUAUGCUGUUGUAGAUGAGAAUGUGAGGCUUGCAAAGGUUGCCCUUAGACCAGGUGCUGGUAACAUGGUCAAUGCAAUUCUCCGGAAACUAGUUUUGCUUAAGGAAAAAAACUCCCUUCCUUUACCUAAACUCGAAGGCGAUGAUCGUGCACAAGCACGUGCUCUUGCAACUCUUUAUUCCCAUCCAGUUUGGAUGGUACGGAGAUGGACAAAGUAUCUUGGGCAAGAAGAAGCUAUUAAAUUGAUGAUAUGGAACAACAGUGAGCCCAGUUUUAGUCUGAGAGCAAACAGCGGAAAGGGGUUUACAAGAGCUGAUCUUGUGAUGCGGCUUAAAAUGUUGAAGGUUCCACAUGAGCUUUCUCCACAUUUGGAUAAUUUUGUCCGCAUCAGAACUGGAAUGCAGAUUGUCAUACAAGCUCAAUUACUGAAAGAAGGUUUAUGCUCAGUCCAGGAUGAAAGUGCAGGUCUGGUAGUUUCUGUCGUGGAUCCACAACCUGGUGAGAGCAUUAUUGAUUGCUGUGCUGCUCCUGGAGGAAAGACCAUUUUUAUGGCAUCCUGUUUAAGUGGCCAAGGUAUGGUGCAUGCAAUUGACAUUAACAAAGGUCGGUUGAGAAUCCUUAAAGAGACAGCCAAGUUGCUCCUAGUUGAUGAUGUUAUCACUACCGUUCAUGCUGAUCUUUGUACCUUUGCCAAAAAUAAUCCAGUGAAGUCUGAUAAGGUUUUGCUGGAUGCUCCAUGUUCUGGACUGGGUGUUCUCUCAAAGAGAGCGGACUUGCGUUGGAAUAGGAGUUUAGAGGAUAUGGAACAACUCAAGAAUUUACAGGAUGAGCUGUUAGAUGCUGCUGCCAUAUUGGUUAAGCCUGGUGGAGUCUUAGUAUACAGCACAUGUUCCAUUGAUCCCGAAGAGAAUGAAGAGAGAGUGGCUGCAUUUCUUCAGAGGCAUCCGGAAUUCUGCAUAGAUCCUGUUGGCAGAUAUGUUCCAUCCGAUUUUGUAACAGAGGGUGGUUUUUAUUUCUCCAACCCAGUCAAGCAUUCACUAGAUGGUGCUUUUGCCGCCCGUUUGGUUCGAUCCUCAUAAAACAAAUAACUCCAUGGUUCUCCAGAUAUAUUCUAUUACUGAACCAGAGCAAGAAGAGAGAUGCAUGCCUGGACCAACCCUCUUCCUCAAAUGCUUGAGAAGUACACCCUACAGGAGUUGUAGGAUUAACUCAAAAAUCAAGACCUGAUGUAUGGGAUGAUACAUCAUGUGUUGGCUUGAGUUGGGUGAAAUUGAAACUGAAUGUUGUUGGGAGACAGAGACUGGACAAGUUCUUAAAGAUGAGGGGCUCUGCAACAAGAAUGAAGAAUCAGAGAGAUAUGGCCCAAGGCAGCAUCCUUGCAGCAGUGGCAUAACCCCCCUCUAACUCAAUGCCUAUAUCCAACUGAAUAUCCAUAAUGUAAUAUUACUACAAAUUAUGCAUGUGAAAUCUCUCGAGUGUUAUCACUCCACCAAAUAUUGCUGGUAGGGGUUUAUAUAAAUAUUCAAUAUCACUGAA